CUGUUAUGUUGGUACCCAGUUAGCUCCAGAAGCGCGAAACUAACAUAACCUAAAAUACAAAAGCGUUAGCUCUAAAUAAUUAAUAGUGUCACGGAUUAUUAGAAAGAAUUAUGACAAUUAUGAGUUCUGGUAAGCAGUACAGCAUUGUCAAUGGGGCCCAGUUGCCGAGCUUCAUGGGGAAGAACGUGUCUGUAAUUGGCGUUGUGGCAAAAUACGCAUCUGCUGGCAGUUUAUCGUUAACCAUAAAUACGACCGAUAAUAUCGCUUUGACGGUAAAUUUAAAUAAGCCUUUGGAUAAAGACCUGAAUGGUGAAUACAUAGAGGUAAGGGGUGUGUGUGAAAACGCACGCGAAGGUAAAAUUAUCAAAGCAGAGGAAUAUUUUUCGUUCAACAACACCUCAUUCGACGCAAAAAGUCACAACACGUUGUGCAAGUUCGUCAAUAGCAUUCCAAAUGGGUAUUCAGCCAAAAAGAAUUAAGCGCCGAGAGUACAAAUAAGAAUUAGAAUAGUUUUCGAUUUUUAGUAAAUAAACAUUCCUUGAAUUGUCA